UUAUGAGAGAAAAAAGGAAAAGAAAAAAAAAGUUAUGUUGCAGAGGAAAAAGCAACGAAUUUCUCGUAAAUUCACCCAGAAACCGGAUCCGUUCGAUGGAUUACCAGACGAUCUUGUAAUUUCCAUAAUUUCAAAGCUCGCUUCUUCGGCUUCGUCUCCUCCUGAUUUCUUCAGCAUUCUUUUAACAUGCAAGAGAAUAAACCUUUUAGCAGUUCAUCCUUUGAUUUUAUCAAAAGUUGGCCUUAAAGAUUUUGCCGUCAAAGCUCGGAAAUGGUGCGAUUCAGUUCACCGUUUUCUCAAACAGAACGUUAACGCCGGCAACGAUGAAGCUUGUUAUAUUCUCGGCAUGAUCCGAUUUUACUGCUUGAAAAACCGAAGAAGCGGAGAGUCAUUAAUGGCGAAACCAGCAAUCAAAUCCCACACGCCAUCUAUAUGCUCGCUCGCAGUCAUACAAUUCAACGGAAGCGGUAGCUCGAAAAUCAAUAAGGAACUCCGCGCCGGAGUAGCUUUAUGCGAACGAGCCGCUUUCCUCGGCCACGUGGGCGCAUUGCGUGAACUCGGUCACUGCUUACAGGAUGUGUAAACACUAAUUUUAUUA